AUGGCUUCAAUUCCUUCAGUCUUGUCCUCUUCCUUUCUCAAGCGAAUCGUAACUCCAAACUCCGUCGUCAUCACUUCAAGACCUCCUUGUUCCUUCUUUCCCAAUAUGCCGACAAAGCCCCUGCCUUUGCCGGUGGCACUAUCUACCGCCCGCGACCCGCCGGCGGAGAUUCCAUCCGUGCCCGUAACUGAACCUCCGUCUUUUCCCAAAGAAAUGCCGGUUGGUCCGAACCGGGAUCCGUCGGAAACUGACCCCGGCGUUCCGCCUGAGAUAAUCGUGGAUCCUCCUCCGACUAAUCCUGUGCCUAAUAAUCCGAAUCCGAUGCCAAAGCCAGAGGGGCCAAAGCCUCCGCUGUCACCGCCCGGGCCUGAUAUUCCUAUGCCCCCGCGGCCGCCAGAUGUUGCCCCUCCGCGGCCACCUGGACCAGAGAUCGUUCCACCGCCUUCGACCCCGCCGGAUAUUUCACCGCCUCCGACCCCUGAAGGGCCUCAAAUAAUAGUGUAG